AUGUCUGUGGUGAAGUCGAUUGAAUUACUGCUGCCCAAGGAUGCAGUCUACCUGGCCGGCUCCAGCAUAAAAGGGCAGGUGGUUCUUAUCCUGAACAGCACCCUAAUGGAUCCCAUAGUGAAGGUGGAGCUUGUGGGAAGAGGCUACGUGGAAUGGAAUGAAGAAAUCGGGGCAUCCUGCGAUUAUAGCAGAAAGGUGAUCUGCAGCAACAUGGCUGACUACGUGCACAAGACAAAAACAUUCCUGGUGGAGGAUAAUUGGCUAACUGCAAGCAGCCACACCUUUGACUUCCACUUCGACUUACCUCCCAGGCUUCCUUCUACCUUCAUCAGCAAAAUUGGCCAAGUCUCCUACUUCGUGCAAGCCUCCUGCAUGGGUCGGGAGCACGUUCUAGCGAAGAAAAGAAUGUAUUUGCUGAUUCAAGGGACUUCGGACUUCAGCAGAGAAAACCUCCUGCAGAAUCCCGUGUCCGUGGAGGCUGAGAAGGUCUGCUACAGCUGCUGUAGGCAGGGCGCCAUCUGCCUCCGGAUCCAGAUGGAAAAGAACACCUUCACGCCGGGGGAGAGCGUCGCUUUCACCACGGAUAUCAGCAACCAGACCAGCAAGUGCAUCAGGACGGUCAUCUUCACCCUCUACGCUCACGUGCAGUACAAGGGCUUCAUGCCCAAGGGCAAGCAGCGGUCGCGGCUGGACAGCAGCGAGGUGGUCCGGCAGGAGGCCAACACCCAAAUUGCGCCCUUCAACACCACCAAGAUCACGAACACCUUCAGCCUGCCGCACGUGCUCCCUGUGAGCAGCGACUCGCGGGACAGUGAGCUCAUGAGCACCAGAUACGAGCUGGUGGGCACCAUCCACCUGCCCUGCUCCCUGGCCAGCGUGAAGGCCAGGCUUCCCAUCACCAUCACGUGCACGCCCAGGGACACAGACACCUGCCCGUUGCUGCAGGGGGCAGUGUUAUCUGGGACAGGGUCACCAGAAUUAAAUGCCCAAACGUCUAAAUAUUGGAAGCUUUUUCAGACUCUACCGGAAGCCCUUCCUUUGUCUUGCACGAGGGCCUUCCCAUGA